AUGAGCGAAAGCAAAGGGCUCCUGCAUGAGCAUCCUUCAGACAGCGACUCGGAACCCGAACACGAGCGCAAAGCAAGUCCGCGACACCUGUCUCCAUCGCCCUCAUCGUCACGAACCACAUCCGCGUCGCCAGCACCGCCAGGGUCACGACCAAAUGGCAACUUCAAACGGCAAUCGUCUUUCGCACAGCCCCGGCCCGAUGGCACGCCGAGAACGCCAAACCGGGUGCGCUUUGAGGAACCCAGGAGGAGCAUGAACGGAGACUCCAAUGGCGACUGGCUGGAGAUGGACGGAGAUGACUACAUGGACGGCGAUGAUGGGCGGGAAAGAGUACAGCGACUUCCUCUGCUCACUGGGAUAGAGGCGCCUAGCGUCACUGUCGCAGAACAAUCAUUCAAUCCGGAAGACCACCUCGAGAGUGCACAGCCACGGAGCGGGAUGCGGAGCGCCUUUAUGAACAUGGCAAACAGCAUAAUAGGCGCUGGAAUCAUUGGCCAACCCUACGCCAUCCGCAAUGCGGGCCUCUUGACAGGCACCGCCCUCCUGAUCGGCCUUACCGUCGUGGUAGACUGGACUAUACGGCUCAUCGUCAUAAACUCUAAGCUCAGCGGUACUGACUCGUUCCAAGCCACGGUUCAGCACUGUUUUGGGAAAUCAGGACUGAUAGCCAUAUCUCUCGCGCAAUGGGUCUUGUUAUUGACAGCAUGCAGUGCUUUUGGAGGCAUGGUCGCGUUCUGCGUAGUAGUCGGAGACACAAUACCAAGGGUCUUGGAUUCAAUGUUCCCUUCUUUGGCCGAUAUGUCGUUCCUCUGGCUACUGACCAACAGAAGAGCCAUCAUGAUCCUGCUUAUUCUCGGCAUAUCCUUUCCACUGUCGCUUUACCGGGAUAUAUCAAAGCUUGCCAAAGCUAGCGGUCUGGCACUAGUUAGCAUGACCAUCAUCAUCGUGACCGUAGUCACGCAAGCCUUCCGCGUACCCGCCGAGUCCAAGGGUCAACUUCGUGGCUCCCUCAUCAUCCGAUCCGGUAUCUUCGAGGCGAUCGGUGUGAUAGCCUUCGCCUUCGUCUGUCACCACAACAGCCUCCUUAUAUACGGCUCGCUGCGGAAGCCUACCAUCGAUCGUUUUACACGCGUUACACACUACAGCACUAGCAUAUCCCUGGUCGCAUGUCUUGUCAUGGCUUUGUCAGGCUACCUGACGUUCGGUGACAAGACCCUCGGCAACGUGCUCAACAACUUUCCCAAUGAUAAUCUCAUGGUCAACAUUGCGCGGUUAUGUUUCGGCCUCAACAUGCUCACGACACUUCCACUCGAAGCCUUCGUGUGUCGAGAAGUCAUGAACAACUAUUGGUUUCCCGAGGAACCCUACCAUCCGAACCGCCAUCUCAUCUUCACUACUUCACUCGUCGUCUCUGCCCUCACUCUCUCACUUCUCACCUGCGACCUGGGCAUUGUAUUUGAGUUAUUCGGCGCAACAUCUGCAUGUGCACUGGCGUUCAUUCUGCCGCCUCUAUGCUACAUGAAGCUUAGUCAGAGAAGCUCCAAGACGUACUUGGCGGGGGCUGUUGCUGCAUUUGGAUGUACCGUAAUGGUCAUUAGCAUUAUAAAGACCACGAGCAAAACAAUGAUGGGCAACAGCGAAGGUGCUAAAUGUGGUUGA